CAGAGGUUGCAAUGAAGAAAACCGUCAGCGAUCUCCUUUUUCGUGCUGGUAGCUCUUUUGCCCGGUGGAAAGCCAAUGUGGUGGACACCGAAACGCAAGAAAUCGAGAACCGGCGCUCUACAAUUAAGAGCCGCUGGAGCAGGUUGAUCGCAAUGGCGCAAGGCAAUAGUUGGCAAGUCGCGGCGCGUCGAAAGCGCAACAGGGGAGCAUCACUGCCGACUCCGCUGACUAGCAUUCUUGCCGCUUUCAUCGGCGAUCAAAUAGACGGCGCCAAUAGACAGGAUUGCGGCUGGGUGGAAGCUCUGCAGGCGUCUGACCGUCAGCGGGAAGAGAACAGAGAGGGCGCUCUUCGUUACAAUGUAAACCAUAUCAUGGCGACGGCUGGUCAGGGCGUCAGGACUGUGGAGAUGAUUAGGGAGCUCAUGAGCGUGGCGCCGUGCAUAAGAACAGGCGAAUACGUGGGGGUCAACAUUGUUGCCGAUAGGCUCUACCAUCGUCACGGCUUUUAAUUUUCUACCGCAAAAGGGGAGCGACUGCAGCCGGCAGAGCUUCAUGACAAUCCUGGAGAGGCGCCUAGCUUCUUCGGAAAUUUCCACCAGG